GACUCAAACUCUUCACAAAAGCUUCUCUUUGAUUAUUCCGUAUUAUUAUUAUUAUUACAAUUUUCAUUACAUUUCCCAUUUUCUCAAUCAUUUCAAGAACCAUAACGCACAGAGGCCAUGGAAGUAGGAGACAAGGCAAAGAUGGGGUUUGAGGAGACUGAGCUUAGGCUAGGGUUGCCGGGAAAUAAUGGUGGAGGGAGCGAAGGAGAGGUGGCAAGGAAGAGAGGCUUCUCUGAGACUGUGGAUUUGAAGCUUAAUCUUUCAUCCAAAGACCCUGGGAUCGAUCAAAAUGGCAAUACCAGCAAGUUACAAAGAGAGAAGCAUCUUCUCGCUGCUGAUCCAGAAAAGCCUCCAGCUAAGGCACAAGUAGUUGGUUGGCCUCCUGUCCGAUCCUUCAGAAAGAACAUGUUUUCUGUCCAAAAGAGUAGCACUGAGGACUGUGAACAGAAGCUCAAUGCAACCUUUGUCAAGGUUAGCAUGGAUGGGGCACCUUACCUCCGAAAAGUAGACUUAAAGAUGUACAAGAGCUACCAGGAGCUCUCUCAUGCCCUAGGAAAGAUGUUCAGUUCCUUCAGCACUAUAGGAAAUUGUGGAUCCCAAGGAAUGAAAGAUUUCCUGAAUGAGAGCAAGCUCGUAGAUCUUCUUAAUGGCACUGACUAUGUUCCAACUUAUGAAGAUAAGGACGGUGACUGGAUGCUAGUGGGUGAUGUCCCAUGGGAGAUGUUUGCCGAAUCAUGCAAGCGGCUGCGUAUUAUGAAAGGAACCGAUGCAACUGGACUUGCACCAAAAGCCAUGGAGAAACUCAAGAACAGAUGCUGAAGUAGUGAUCGAGCAACCAGAGCCUGCUCCUUUUAUCUAAAGUGUGAAGCAGGACAAGUACAAAAGCAAUCGCAUGCAGAUGGAUUGAGCAGGUUCUUGGGGUUGUUUCAGUAUUAAUGGUCGUGGUUUGUUACAUAAUUAAUAUAUAUUUUAUAUAUGUACUACUGCUUGAGUAUUAAUCGCUUUGGACAGGGAAAAAUGAAGAGUCUUUUUUAAGUUGCAAGACUUGAUUAUGUCUGGUUUGUUUAGAGUUAAUGGUUUGCCUAUUAAUUAAUGAUUGUAAUAAUCAACGUACCUGUUGUUUCUUGCA